ACCUUUAACCCACUCUACGGGAUCCGCGAAGGCUCAAAAACGGUGAUCGAAAGUAGGAAUCAUUUGCAAGAAUCGGUUCUUUCAAACCGUUCGCUUCAGAGAGCUUAUUGAAAUGAGUAAUGAUUAUUCGCGUAAAUGCGUAUUUAUAUCACUGCAUGAUUCCUGACAUUUCAUGUAAACACCCCAAAAUGAGUUUGUUUCUUUAAUAUGUUUGUUUUGUAUUAUUAUUGUUUGUUUUUGUUCUUUAUAGCAUAUUUGUUAAUUUAGCAUACUGCGGUUAGUAACAGUUCCCACUGUGUACGUAACUAAAUACUACAUUAUAUAUCCGCAGAAAAUGUAAAAAUAUAUAUAGUCUGAUUAAUAAGAGCGUUUAUCAAAGCGAAAAAUUCGGCUCUCGGUUCGCUCGAACCGAACUAAUUAUUCAGUCCGAAUCAUUCAGAACAGUUUGUGAUCCACUUCAACUUAUUCAUUGAAAAGAUUCAAAACAACAACGACUCGUUCACCAGUCAGGCAUCACUAGUUCGGGUCGUGGGCAGCUAGAAACGGUAAUAUUUAGAGCAGUUUAUUUUCAGUGUAGUUAAAUGACAUAUACUGCACAUCUCUUCCUGUGUCUGCACGAAAGUAGUGAUUUCUUUAGAGAUCAUGGCGGCGGCAUCACUCAGUUGUUCUGCUGGCUUUGUUCUCGGCAUGGAUCUGGGCACCUCGUCAGUUAAAGUGGUGCUGCUGGACGCGCAGUCAAAGACAGUCACAGACAGUAAGAGUGUCCCUACAAACUCUUAUAUCAGCAGCACUUCAGACAUACAUGCCAAAGAGCAGGACCCUUCACUAAUAAUCUCCGCUCUGGACCAAUGCAUGGAUGCUUUACCUAAAGACAAGCUGAAAAAAGUCAAGUGCAUUGGAGUGUGUGGACAAAUGCAUGGCAUUGUGUUGUGGAAAUCUAAAUCAGGCUGUGAAUGGCUACGUGAAGAUCGUGAAAUCAUUAGAUUUAUUCCUAAAGAUGUCAGUCAGCUGAUAACCUGGCAGGACGGGCGCUGCAGUGCUGACUUCCUGUCUUCCUUACCCAAACCAGAUUCCCACCUGAGCUUGGCCACUGGCUUUGGUUGUGCCAGCAUCUUCUGGUACAUGAAACACAGGCCGGAGUUCCUGUCGGGUUUCAGUGAUGCAGGCACCAUCCAAGACUAUGUGGUCUCCAUGCUGUGUAACCUUGACAAAUGUGUCAUGACUGGACAAAAUGCCGCCAGCUGGGGCUACUUCAACACAACCACCAACAAAUGGAACACACAAAUUCUGAAGGAUGCAGGUUUCCCUGUGCAGCUUUUGCCUGUCGUGGUGGAGUCCGGAGCUGUGGCUGGUCACACUUUCUCUGAGUGGUAUGGCAUCCCUGCUCAUACAGCGGUCGGGGCAGCGAUGGGAGACUUCCAGUGUAGUGUCUACUCCUGCAUGACUGACAAAGGAGAUGCAGUGCUGAAUAUGAGCACUUCAGCCCAGCUGACGUUCAGCAUGCCUGCAGAGUUCACCCCUCCAAAUUCUCCAGACCCCCUCUCUCCUGUUGCUUAUUUCCCAUACUUGCAUGGCUCCUACCUGGCAGUGGCUGCAUCACUAAAUGGAGGCAAUGUCAUGGCCACCUUUGUCAGAAUGCUGGACUCAUGGAUGAAAGAAUUUGGAUUGGAAGUAAAUGAGUCCAGAAUCUACUCCCAACUAAUCCAGUCUGCUCUGGCACAGCCUAACACUGAUCUAACCGUGACCACAGCACUACUAGGAGAGCGGCAUGACCCCACUUCCAGUGCCAGUGUCUCCCAGAUCUCGCCCUCUAACCUCUCUCUGGGUCAUGUGACUCGUGCUGUGUGCAGGGGUAUUAUUGAAAACAUGGCCACUAUGAUGCCCCCUCAGAGCCUGCAGGCAGCUGGGGUGAGGUGUAUAAUUGGUAGUGGCAGUGCUCUGUCAUGUAACACAGUUCUGCAACAGGAAGUAGAGAGAGUAUUUAAAUUUCCUGUAGUCUACGGAAAAGAUGUUGACUCAGCGGUUGGAGUUGCCAUGGUGUUUAAUGACCAAACAUAAGAUAUAACAUUUAAGAUAACGUCUCUGAGACGUGUCUGAUCUACCAGAAUGCUGGUAGGGCUAUUUUUUUCUGUAUUAAAAUGUAUAAAUAUUCACACUUUGUAAUUAAUUGUAUAUAAUUAAAAAAUAUUUUAAUACUGUAUAACUGAUCCUUUUUUUUUUUUUUUAAUACUAUAUAAUUAUUUUUGACUAACAUGGGUCAAAUGUAUGUAUUGUUCAGUUCACACACUCAUUAUGUAACUAUUGCUGUUGAGUGCAAUACAAAACCAUUGUGUUGUAAAAUACAAAACAAUAUGCAAAAGAAUAUUUCUGAAUUCCAUUAAAUGACUGAAUAAAGCCUUCAAAUGACAAAAUAUUCUUUACAAUUUUCAGUGGCAUUUCAAAUGUUAAUAAACGGUUGGAAUAUAUCAUCACAUUUUAAGUUUU